CGUUUCGUAUCGUUAUUACAGCAACGUGGUUUGCGAACGAACCGUAACUAUCAGCCGUUUUUUUUAUCACAGGUAUUUAUAAACACACAGUAAGACUAUGGCUGAUUCACAGCAGGUCAAGUCGACAUUUACAGAUGGUCCGUUUUACGAGAAACAUUUUGACAGCAGGGAAUACCUGAAGUCCUUUUCCGUAGAUCCGAGUGCACAUGAUGGAUUUUUGACUUUCGUGCUAGACCACCUGCACAAGACUUUUUCACCAGACCUCAAGGGCAAAAAGCUGAUUGGCUUAGGGAGUGGGCCUACAAUCUACAUCAUAAUAAGUGCAAGCAGAAACUUUGAAGAAAUAGUGCUGUCCGACUUCACUACCGACAAUCGCAAAGAGAUCGAGAUGUGGCUGAAAAACGAGAAAGGCUGUUUUGACUGGCGUCACAUCAUCGACUACGUCUGUAAACUGGAACACAACAGCAGGUCACCAGAAGAGGUGGAACAGAGGCUUAGGAAGAUUGUGCAGGUUAAGAAAUGUGACGUUACACUGGAGAACCCUUUCCAACCUGAGAUGGAACCGGUGGACUGCAUAACGUCUAGUCUUUGUCUGGAGGCGGCCUGCAAGGACCUGGAAACAUUCCGUCGCGCUAUUGGGAGUAUAGCGGCACUCCUCAAACCUGGGGGUACACUGAUGCUCACCGGUAUUCUCAAUCAGUCAUACUACUUUGUGGGGAAGCAGAGAUUCGAUUGUCUGGUUCUUACCAAGAGCGUGGUUGAAGAGACCGUAAAGGGACAGGGCUUCUCCAUUAAGCUGGUUGACACCCAGCCUUUAACACCAGAAGAAAAAGUGGGGUGUGAUGGUGACCCCUUUUUUUAUCUGGUUGCCCAGAAAACAGAGUAGGACUUAGUUACUUAGUUGCAUUGAGGAUUUGGUUUUUCUAUGCACAGACAAAAUUACAAGAAGACACAUUUACCGACUUUCACUUGAUUCAGAAUGAUAUAUAUUUUAGUAAUCAAAAAAAAUAAAGCAAAAAUAUUUUGUUUAAGGGUGAAUCUUUAUAUGGGUGGGUCAAGAGAUGAAACAUACAUUGCUUCAAGUAAAAAAAAAAUACCUAAAUCCCAUGACCAUGAAAACUGUUUUUCGAGAUUUUUACAAAAGGGCAGCUUGUGGCUCCAGGGGGGAGCAAUGUGAUUAUUCUAAUCAACUGUAAUGUACAAUUGAAAAUUGAUGAAUCAUAUUAAAAGUUACAGCAUUCA